UUCCUUGACAGCUGCCAGCUGAGUUUUGUGAUCGUGCUAAAAUAAUAUUUUUGUUGUCAAUUUUUCACUUUCAGUUUCAUUAACAUGUGUUGAUUAUCAGUUGGCGGCUUAUAAAAAUAAGUAGUAAAUCCUCUAAUUACCAUACUUAAAUCGCCCUCGUCGUGAAUAUGUCCGCAAGCAGAUUGGAUGCUGUUUACCGCAGCAUUCUCAUAACCAAGUUUUUCUCUAAAGGCUGGGGUAACCCAGAGAAUUUGCGCAGGUUAUUCGAGUUCAGGAAAGUUGUCUCAAAUCGGGAUGAAUGCUUCAAACUUGUCGAUAGAGACUACCCAGUUACUAUCACUAAGGAGCAGAAGUACUCGGACUGCCAUGUGUUGGAGGGCUUCUUCACAUCACCGCUGGAGCGGCUGCUGCCCGGCCUCGUGCCGGAGGCGGCGCGGAGCGCGCACUUUCAGGUGGUGCUGCCGGCGCAGUGGAGGGAUCCAAAUAGCAAGCCCGUUUGUUUGCACUUGGCGGGCACAGGGGAUCAUUUCUUCUGGCGGCGCCGCAACCUGAUGGUGAAGCCUCUUCUGAAGGAGGCCGGCAUCGGCGGCAUCAUCCUCGAGAACCCCUUCUACGGACUCAGGAAACCCACCGACCAAGUUCGCUCGUGCCUCCACAACGUGUCGGACAUAUUCGUGAUGGGCGGCUGCCUGAUCCUGGAGGCGCUGGUGCUGUUCCACUGGUGCGAGCGCCACGGGCUCGGCCCGCUCGGCGUCACCGGCCUGUCUAUGGGCGGACACAUGGCGUCCCUGGCGGCGACGAACUGGCCGAAGCCCCUCGUGCUGGUGCCCUGUCUGUCCUGGUCCACCGCUUCAGCUGUCUUUCUACAAGGUGUCAUGUCGCAGUCAAUCAACUGGGAUCUUUUAGAAGACCAAUAUUUAUCCGACGGCAUAUACCGAGAGAAGCUCAAGAAAAUGGUGACAAUAGUUGAUGAGGCGUUUCUAGCAGGCAAGAAGUUUGCGCGCAAUUUCUCCCAGGGCAUAGACAUGCCUUUGCCUGUAGAAAAAGCCAAAGUAGUACAACCAAAAACCGACGAUGAUAAGAAAAAAAUCAACACACCAGAAUCAGAACUAGACAUUACAUACAAUGAAACAAAAGAAAUCAAAACAAGUGAAACCAAAGAAGAAAAACAAAACAAUACGGAACAGACACAGUGUGAUAAUAAACCAAUAAUUGAGGGGAUGUCGUUGAAAAAUCUGAAUGAAGAAUUAAAAAGACUAUUAGAAGAAGACAAAGUUAAUAGGGAAUUGUACGAAAAAUUAACAUCAAAUGAGAAAUUCGAGUUAACGCCACAAGAAAUUGAAGAGAUUAAUAAAUUAAACGAGGAAAGCAUUAAAGAAAUUCUACUAAAAUUCAAAGUUGCAGAAACAAAAUCUCCGCUAACCAAUCUAGAAAACCAACCAUCAAAAGAAAGCUUAGAAAACGCAAAGACCAAAUCAGAAAUACAAGUGGAAAUUCCAAAAGUAAUACAAAAUGUCGAAGCAAAGAACGAUGGCAAACGGAAAUCUUGGCAUGUGUCAGACCUAACUUCAGAUAUUUGGAUGAACUUGCCAUUCAUCAAAAAGAGUGAGAAGAAGAUAGACAUAAGCAAGAUACACUGGAGAGACAGAGAGGCACUGCAGUUCAUGAGGGGUAUAAUGGACGAGUGCACGCAUCUUAGCAACUUUUCCGUGCCGUUUGAUACUUCGUUGAUUAUUGCGGUGUGCGCGAAGCACGACGCGUACGUCCCGCGAGACGACGUGGGCACCCUGGAGGAGAUCUGGCCCGGGGCCGAGGUGCGCUACGUGGACGCGGGGCACGUCUCCGCCUACAUCCUGCACCAGUCGCUCUUCAGAUCGUGCAUCAAGGAAGCGUUCGAGCGUUCACAGAAACGCUGGAAGGACGGCAAACACAUUGACUGACACGAGAAGUACGAGAUACUUAUGUAGUAACAGUUACCAGAGCUUAUUAUACAACGGACUCAUUUUAACUACCUCUUACGAACUGCGCACAUUGGUGACGGGCAAGCCCGCGUGGAAAAAGUCACUCGUAUGCUCACACCCCUUAGCAUGAAUUUUCAUCGUGAACGUGAAGUAAAAUUACUCGAUGAAUUCUACUUCACGUUCACGAUGAAAAUUCAUGCCUUAGCAUGGUCUUGAACUCGUGGGUCUGAAUAAUAACGGCCUCGCUUUUCGUUCGUCAGUCACCAACGGACGCCUUAUUUUAUAAUUUAUUAGCGCAGUUGCAGAGAUGUUCUGUUAAAUCUAUUUUCUAUCUCUAUGCAGUCUAUAUACGUAAAAUAAUAGCAAUAUACAAGUAAUUUGUAACUGAGUGAUAGUGUUUUUGAAGUGAAUUUGUUACAACUUCACAAUUUUUAUGAACAUCAAUCCUGUCUAUUCCAUAAAGUUUUGAAACAUCGCCAUUUUACGAAAUUCUGUUAUCCAGUUGUCGUAACUAACGCUAACGUAUCUUUGUAUACUGAAAGUAAAGAUUAAAUCAUUUACUACAUCAGCUUUAGUGGCUGUUGGUUUUAACUAUCAUAAAAUACGUAAGGCUUCAUUUUGGACUGAUAACGGUUUUAAAACGGCCAUAUUUUAUUGUAACUGCAAAGCCAACUUUUAAACUAUAACUGAUUUGAAAUUAUAUGGGACUGUAUUCCUAGGAUUUUACACCUUAGCUAUCUUUACUUGCCUACAUCGAAAUUUGAUGGUACAAAUUAGUUGGGAUCCACUGUAUGAAAAAUAGGAUUAAGUGUUACCUAUUUAUUUACCAAAUAUUAUAUCUAAUUUUUAAGAUUUUUGGCAUAUCUACAUUUUUAUGCUUUCUAUGUUGUUUUUUUUUGUCUAGCCAUAAUAUUGUUUUGAUGUUAUCCUCUUUAUCUUUAUAAAUUACGGACAUAAAUUUAUUACAUUCACUUUAUAAAUACAGGAUGAAGUUCAACAGGCAAGAUCGGUGAAAACGAGACCUUUCGUAUCCAGAUUUAGUCUCGUGUAACAUACAAAUAAAUGAUUUACAUGACUGCUGGAAUAUCAUCCUGUAUAGGCUUUAACCCUUUCCCUAUAAUGAAAAGUGCUCAAUGUGUAGGUAGUAUUGUGAUAUUUAUAGCUAAAUACAAAUCAUGUAAUGUAUGGAAUUGUAAAGCAAUUUUUACUUGUAGUUACAUUUUUACUUUACAGUGUCGUAUAAUACACUAUAUAUUGUGUAUUAACUAUUGUGGUAUAUUUACAACGGCUUGACUUUAGAUUUUACCUCACUGCAUUUAAUAAACCUACAACUAAACCUCUUCACUAUCGAUUUUAUAAGAAUGAAUGACCGCCUCAGAGUACAAAACCAGUUUUAAGUAACUUCUUGGGGUACAAAUUGGUAGCGUACAAAGUGUGGCAACGUCUUCAUUGGUUUCAACGUGCUGACUGCGAGUUUUUACACCACCGUUCGAGAAGCGACGAGUAAACGUGAAUUUGUAUGGCGCAGGAGAGUCGCCACCUAGCGGUACACGCACUGCAUUAGUUCCGCACCAUACAAUUUUGCGUUUGGUUUAACUGCUCGAUCGCUUAUGCACUAAGCCGUCUGGUUUCUUUCUCGUUUUUAGCUCCACGUCACUUAUAAAAAUACAUAGAAAUUAGUGAAGUUGGGACACGUUGCGUUGUCUGUUGCAGCCUUUUUCGUCCGCUACCAAUUUUCACCUUUAUUUACAUAUUUAUAUAUAAAAAUGUUUGAAGCUUUUAGUUGAUCUUUGUGUAGUCAGCCGAUUGAACAUGAUAAUUUCUCUAUUGAGAUUGUAAAGUUAUAUUUUUAUAUUUAUGAAUAAAUGAUUUAUAUUCA